AUGUCUGCUAUCAUCUCGACUUCCCAGUACCUUUGUUAUUUUAACGAAGGUCCAGACUAUUUCGGGGUGGUAACCGAAAGUAACCCUGAUGGCCUUCGCUGCAGCGGCCCAAGACCCAGUACCCAAGGUGGUAUCACUGCUUCGAUGCCUGGUGGUUCCUGGGUUGGCGCUCUUUGUUCCGGAUAUAUUUCAGAUAUCUUUGGUCGAAAGAGAUCAAUCCAAGUCGGCUCAGGAUUUUGGGUUAUCGGAAGUAUAAUCUGCGCUGCGGCUCAGAACAUAGGCAUGCUUGUCGCUGGGCGUUUUAUCAACGGCUUUGCUGUUGGUAUUUGCUCUGCUCAAGUUCCCGUUUACAUUUCAGAGCUGGCGCCUCCAUCGCGACGCGGCAGGUUGGUUGGUUUACAACAGUGGGCCAUUACAUGGGGUAUCCUGAUUAUGUUCUAUCUCUCAUAUGCAUGUACAUUCAUUGGGCCAGCGAACGGACAAACAUCGUUCAGACUCCCUUGGGCCCUUCAAAUGAUUCCUGGCGCCUUUCUCCUCCUUGGGCUCUUCUUCCUACCGGAGUCUCCUCGCUGGCUCGCCAAAAAGGGCCGCUGGAGCGAAACCGAAAGAAUUAUCACCGCCAUCCAUGGCAAAGGUGAUGUUGGCCAUCCCUUUGUUAACGCCGAGCUGGGGGAAAUCAGUUAUUUCGUAAAGAUGGAGGAAACUAACGAUACCACCUAUUUCGACCUCUUCAAAAAGAAUAUGAUUUUCCGAACGCACGUUGGUGUCUUCACUCAGAUUUGGAGCCAGUUGACGGGAAUGAACGUGAUGAUGUAUUAUAUUACCUACGUCUUCGCCAUGGCUGGAUUGCGAGGAAACACCUUGCUCGUAUCAUCCUCUAUUCAAUUCGUCAUCAACGUUGUCAUGACCCUUCCCGCCCUUAUUUGGGUAGACAAAUGGGGUCGACGUCCCACUCUCAUUGUCGGCGGACUACUCAUGUGUACCUGGAUGUUCGCUACAGGCGGCAUCAUGGGAGCGAACGGCCGAUUUGUUCCCGGGGGUAUUAACGGAGUCAGAGCGGUAUCGUGGGCUGUUAACCCUGGGCUCGCGGCCAAAGCCGUCGUAGCCUGUACUUACCUCUUUGUGGCCUCCUUUGCCCCUACGUGGGGUCCCGUUUCUUGGAUCUAUCCACCAGAGCUGUUUCCACUUCGCUUCCGCGGGAAAGCUGUCGCACUUUGCACGUCUGCCAACUGGGUAUUCAAUUUUGCUUUAUCCUACUUUGUCCCCCCAGCUUUUGAAAAUAUCCAAUGGAGGACAUAUCUGAUCUUCGGCGCCUUCUGCGCCACAAUGACCAUCCAUGUAUUCCUCGCCUUCCCCGAAACCGCAGGGAAAUCGCUCGAAGCCGUAGAAGAGAUUUUCAAAUCACGUACCCCAGCAUGGAAAACUCACGUCACAACCAAGGAAACCAUUGCAGCUGAGCAUGGCGAGGUCGAGGCCAAGCAUACCUUUGCUGAGCGCACCAGAAAGACGCGGAAUGCUGGAAUGGAAAACAUCCCUGCGCGCGGUGUAGGUAGCGAUGCCCUCAGUGACAACGGUGAUUCCGAGAAUGCCGAUGAGAAACCAGCUACAAGCAUGCUCGCAACACGUACCGAGUCAGGGUCCAGUUGCAAUCCCUAG